UCAUAACCCUCCCUUAAAAGCCCUCCACUUCGCAUGCUCAGUGGUGUCUUUUCGUGCUUUGAGAUGGCGCCGAGCAUCAGGGACUUGCAGCUCACCCGGGCAACGGGUCGCCCGGUCCGAUAUUGACAUGGAGGACGUGAGGCUUCUGGAUUCUUACGACGAAAGUGGGAAAUUUGAUGAGAAUUGAAGAGGGUAUGAGCGAAUUCAGGUCCGUGUCACGGGGAUGACGUGUGCCGCCGCUCCAACUCCGUUGAAGGAGCCUCAGGGCGGUCAAUGGAGUGGUCAAAGCCUCUGUUGCUUUGCUGAGAAACAAGCUGAUGUCUUUUAUGAUCCCAAUUUGGUUAAGGAAGAGGACAUAAAGAAUGCAAUUGAGGAUGCUGGAUUUGAGGCCGAAAUACUAACUGAACCAAGUACAUCUGGUCAAAAGCCACUUGGAACGCUAAUGGGGCAGUUCACGAUAGGGGGUAUGACAUGUGCUGCCUGUGUGAACUCUGUUGAAGGUAUUUUGAGGGAUCUUCCUGGUGUGAAAAAGGCAGUAGUUGCUUUAGCUACUUCAUUAGGGGAGGUUGAGUAUGAUCCUACUGUAAUUAGUAAAGAGGAUAUAGUCAAUGCAAUUGAAGAUGCUGGUUUCGAAGGUUCAUUUGUACAGAGCAGUGAACAGGAUAAAAUAGUACUUCGGGUUACUGGAGUACUCAUUGAGUUGGACGUUCAUAUCUUAGAAGGCAUACUUGUCAACUUUAAAGGAGUGAGACAAUUUCGCUUUGACAGAAUAUCAGGAGAACUGGAAGUUCUCUUUGAUCCUGAAGUCGUCCAUUCAAGAUCUAUAGUUGAGGGGAUUGAGGCAGGAAGCCUCGGAAAGUUUAAAUUACAUGUUAUGAACCCAUAUGCAAGAAUGACUUCUAGAGAUGUUGAAGAAACCUCACAUAUGUUUCAGCUUUUCACCUCGAGCUUGUUUCUCAGUAUUCCUGUCUUUCUCAUACAAGUAAUUUGUCCUCACAUACCAUUGUUGGAUGCCUUAAUACUCUGGCGAUGUGGACCCUUCCUAAUGGGUGAUUGGUUGAAAUGGGUAUUGGUGAGUGUUGUUCAAUUCGUGAUUGGGAAGCGCUUCUACAUUGCCGCUGGCAGAGCUCUUAGAAAUGGUUCAACUAACAUGGAUGUUUUGGUUGCAUUGGGAACUUCAGCUUCUUACUUCUACUCAGUUGGUGCACUUCUAUAUGGGGCACUUACAGGGUUUUGGUCUCCCACAUACUUUGAAACUAGCUCCAUGCUUAUAACUUUUGUUUUGUUGGGGAAGUAUUUGGAAAGUCUUGCAAAGGGGAAAACAUCAGAUGCUAUCAAGAAGUUAGUUGAACUUGCUCCGGCAACAGCACUGUUGGUUGUCAAAGACAAAGGAGGAAAGUUUAUUGAUGAAAGAGAAAUAGAUGCUUUGCUAAUUCAACCUGGUGACACAUUAAAGGUUCUUCCUGGUGCAAAGCUUCCUGCUGAUGGUAUUGUGGUAUGGGGCACAAGUUAUGUUAACGAGAGUAUGGUAACUGGUGAGGCUAUACCAGUUCCAAAGGAGAUUGAUUCGUCAGUUAUUGGGGGUACAAUAAAUUUACAUGGUGCCCUUCAUAUUAAAGCUACCAAAGUAGGAUCUGAUGCAGUUUUAAGUCAGAUUAUUAGUUUGGUUGAGACGGCUCAGAUGUCAAAAGCUCCCAUUCAGAAGUUUGCCGAUUUUGUUGCAAGCAUUUUCGUUCCUACAGUGGUUGCUUUGUCAUUGUUGACCUUUUUCGGCUGGUAUAUUGGUGGAGUUGCUGGAGCAUACCCAGAAACGUGGUUGCCUGAAAAUGGCAAUUAUUUUGUUUUUGCUCUCAUGUUUUCUAUAUCAGUAGUGGUAAUUGCAUGUCCAUGUGCUCUUGGCUUGGCCACUCCUACUGCCGUCAUGGUUGCAACUGGAGUUGGGGCUAAUAAUGGUGUUCUCAUUAAAGGAGGUGAUGCUUUGGAAAGAGCUCAGAAGGUUAGGUACGUGAUAUUUGAUAAAACAGGCACCCUAACCCAAGGGAAAGCCACCGUCACAACUGCAAAGGUUUUCUCGGGAAUGGAUCGUGGUGAAUUUCUUACACUUGUGGCUUCUGCAGAGGCUAGUAGUGAACAUCCAUUGGCAAGAGCAAUAUUGGAGUAUGCACGCCAUUUUCAUUUUCUUGAAGAUCCCUCUCCAACAAAAAAUACCCAAAAUCAAGGCAGAGUUUCCAAUGUUUCUGGAUGGCUUCUUGAUGCGACGGAAUUCUCUGCUUUGCCAGGAAGAGGCAUACAGUGCUUUAUAGAAGGAAAACGGGUUUUGGUGGGUAACCGGAAGUUGCUGAUUGCAAGUGGAAUCACUAUUCCAACUCAUGCAGAAAGUUAUCUUGUAGAAUUAGAAGAAAGUGCACAGACAGGCAUACUUGUAGCAUGUGAUGAUAACUUAAUCGGUGUUUUGGGGGUUGCGGAUCCACUAAAGAGAGAAUCUGCUGUGGUCGUGGAGGGCCUUAUGAAAAUGGGUGUGAGGCCAGUCAUGGUGACAGGAGAUAAUUGGAGGACAGCUAGGGCUGUUGCUAAAGAGGUUGGCAUUCAAGAUGUGAUGGCAGAGGUUAUGCCAGCGGGAAAAGCUGAUGCCGUUCGUUCAUUUCAAAGAGACGGAAGCAUAGUAGCAAUGGUUGGGGAUGGGAUCAACGACUCGCCUGCUCUAGCUGCUGCCGACAUUGGUAUGGCAAUUGGGGCAGGUACAGAUAUUGCCAUUGAAGCAGCAGACUAUGUUUUGAUGCGGAAUAACUUAGAAGAUGUAAUCACCGCCAUUGACCUUUCCAGAAAAACCUUUGCUCGUAUUCGCUUGAAUUAUGUCUUCGCCAUGGCCUACAAUGUCGUUGCAAUUCCUGUUGCUGCUGGCGCUCUCUUCCCGUCGCUAGGAAUAAUAUUGCCGCCGUGGGUGGCUGGUGCAUGUAUGGCUCUCUCUUCUGUUAGUGUUGUAUGCUCUUCAUUGCUUCUUAGGAGAUACAAAAAACCCAGACUUACAACUAUACUAGAAAUUACUGUAGAGUAA